CGAUGUGCUUCCUGUGUAGAAAUGACCAGUUUUUGUUUAAUUUCAUUUAAGCUGUUAAAUGUUUUCAGUCAGUACUAUUGAUUUUUCAAUUCUACCAGCACCGUUAUCAGCAAAAUGUUGUUUUAGUGAUGAGUUAAUUAUCUCGCAGACACGUUACAUCAGCAUUAGUGUUUGGCAUUACUUUUUUGCAUUACUACCACGCGAGGUGGCAACUUCGUUCGCGCUGGUUUUUCCUUCGACACCAGAUGUCAGCGCAGUCUCGAGCCGGGAGGAAGUGCCGCGCUCCAGCGCUUCCUGUGGAAGAGCGCGCCCGUAUGCCAGCCGGGAGCGCGCUUCCCGGGGAAGAGCGCGCACUCCUCAGUUCCAGCGUUAGGAGGAGGAGUAGUGGGGGGGAGGAAAAACAUGUAAAGAUGGCGGAGUUGCAGAUGCUUUUGGAAGAGGAAAUUCCAGCAGGUCGGAGGGCUUUACUGGACAGCUUCACCAACCUGGAGCGGGUUGCGGAGUACUGCGAAAGCAACUACAUCCAGUCGCCAGACAAGCAGAGGGCCCUAGAGGAGACCAAGAACUACACCACCCAGUCGCUGGCCAGCGUGGCCUACCUCAUCAACACCUUGGCCAACAACGUGCUGCAGAUGCUGGACAUCCAGGCCUCGCAGCUACGCCGCAUGGAGUCCUCCAUCAACCACAUCUCGCAGACGGUGGACAUCCAUAAGGAGAAGGUCGCCCGGCGAGAGAUUGGCAUCCUGACCACCAAUAAGAACACCUCCCGCACACACAAAAUCAUUGCUCCGGCCAAUCCUGAGAGGCCAGUGCGCUACAUCCGGAAACCAGUCGACUUCAACAUACUGGAUGACAUCGGCCAUGGAGUGAAGUGGUUGCUUAGGUUCAAGGUGAACACUCAGAACAUGAAGAUGGGCGGUCUCCCUCGCACAAACCCGCCCGCCCAGAAGCCCCCAAGCCCACCUGUGUCAGGAAAGGCCACCGUUGGGCGGCACUCCCCCUAUAGGACGCUCGAGCCGGUGCGCCCACCUGUGGUUCCUAACGACUAUGUUGCCAGCCCCACACGCACCCUGGCGUCCGCACAGCACCCGAGCCCCGUGCGCACGGCGUCUGUUAACCAGAGGAACCGCACGUACAGCAGUGGCAGCAGCGGGGGCAGCCACCCGAGCAGCCGCAGCAGCAGCCGUGAGAACAGCGGCAGUGGCAGCGUGGGCGUGCCCAUGGCUGUGCCCACCCCCUCUCCGCCCAGUGCCUUCCCAGGCCCCGCUGCCCAGUUCUACAGCAUGAACCGGCCGGUGUCGCGGCAUGGCACCCCCGCGGUGGGGGGGUCCCUGCCGUACCGCCGGCCCCCAUCUGCUACGGGCCAGCCCGGCCUCCCCCAGAACCAAGUCAAUGGGGGGCCCUACUUCAACCAGAGCCAAGGCUCGCUCGCUCCCCCUCCCCCCUCCAUCUUGCAGAUCACUCCACAGCUCCCCCUGGUGGGCUUCGUGGCUCGGGUUCAGGAGACCAUCUCAGACGCGCCUCCUCCACCGCCUCCUUCCAAUGAGCCGGCAUCUGAGCAGUCGCCCCCACCACCGCCGCCUCCUGAGGAGUACGAGGAGGAGUCGGCUGUGGUGGAGUACAGCGACCCCUACGCGGAGGAAGACCCGCCGUGGGCCCCCCGCACUUACCUGGAGAAAGUGGUGGCCAUCUACGACUACAUGAAGGACAAGGAGGACGAGCUCUCCUUCCAGGAGGGAGCCAUAAUCUACGUGAUCAAGAAGAACGAUGACGGCUGGUACGAGGGCGUGAUGAGCGGAACCACAGGACUCUUCCCUGGGAACUACGUGGAGUCCAUCAUGCACUAUGCAGAGUGACCUGUAGAUGGCGUGGGAAUCCAUCCAAAACGGCGUAUACAUAAUGGAUCGAUGUGGGCCGCCAUCGCUGCUGGGAAGGGGUGGGGUGCUUAUUUGAACAGGGGUUCGAAUUUUAAUGUGAUGGAGGGGUGUAUAUUUUAAAGAUGAAGGUUAGUGAUUUCAGCAACAUAACAUGAAGGACGGUUGUAAAAAGCCAUUGUAUUUACAUGUGCUGAAGUGGAUCUUUGUGGAUAUGGCCAAACUAUCACCUCUUGUUACGGCGGAAAAGGCAAACCUCCGGCAUAUUUUUAAUCAAUAGCUCGGCAUUCAUCAUCUAAAGCUUGGCUGGCAGGCAGCCCAUGGUGGGGCUUGACCGAUGUCUUGGCCUGGUGCAUUGUGGGAAGGCUGGACACAAAUUAUGAUAAUGAGACGGGAGAGCCUAUCCGUGUCCAGCAGCCGAGAAGCGGCCAAUCCUCACUCAUAUGCAGUACUACAUUUGUAAAGAUAACCUUUUAUCUAUAUUUUUUUAUUCAUUAUUUUUCCUCUUCUGUUCUGUUGUUUAGUAGAUCUGAUCUCAGAGCUAGUGGCUUUUGAGAUACUGUGUAUGUAGGGUUACAUAAACUGCAUGCUCAAAUAAAAUCUUUAAAUAAUUUAUAUACAUUUCACCAUGUUUAUUUUGUUUUUAAAUAGGCUUUUCUGUCUUGCUCAUGUCCUGUAUCGUGUGUCUGUAUGGCAGAUGUCAAACUUUUUACUUGGUGGGAUGUGAGUGUGGUGCCGUGUGUCUCCGUGCGUCUGUGUGCGUGUCUCCGUGUGCGUGCGUUUGCAUGUGCGUUUCGCACUUUAAAAAUGCUGACCAGUGUUUUUGUCCCAGUGAAAAACCUUUUGUUGGCUUUUACUUCAUGUUCACAUAAACACCGAAACACUAACGGGUAUUUCAGCUUUUAAACACAAACACGCACGCCGAACAUAGUGAUCUUUUUGAGUCAUUGCUCAGCUUCACCAUUUGCUUGUGAAUUUGCGUCUGGACUCAGAAGAGUUUUACAUAAAAUCGGUUCCGCUUCUUGCGGGGAGCUUAUGUAAACGCCAGCCACUGUAAGCGUACCCUUGGGUGUCUGCAAUAAUUCUGAAAUGCCUAAUUUUAUAUGUUUCUGAUUAACAAAAGCACAUGGUUUUAUAGACAGGACCGAUUUUACUAAAUCGGCGAUGUAUUUAAAAAAAAAUAAAUAAAAAUUGUUUCAAUACUCUGAUGGAAAGAGGCGAAUCAGCGCCACCCAGUGUUGGACGAUAGGAAAGCAGCAGGGAAAAGGGGCCAACGCGGUUCAGGAUCUUGUUCACUGGGAGCACGGAUGAUGGGGGGGGAGGGGGUAUGCAGAGACUGAGACACUAGUGUUCGGCUCCAGGUGCAAAGCUCUUGGUUGGCUUGCUCAGCUGUAAAGGUGUGACCUUGGUGUUUGUGUUCGUUGUUUCUAUGAGUGACCCCGUACUCCAUGUCUCGCAUGUUCUGUCGCUCUGCCCCCGCUGCCGUCUGCAGGGGAGCGACCAAAGCCCCACCCUGAAAGUGGAUGCCACAGGCACGUGGCAUAAUGAGUGUGGACAUGUGACCCCCGACUGAACCGUCAUAGGCACAUGAACCAAUAUAUUGAGACGUAUACAAUAAAAAUGAACAUUGGAAAUAUA